UUGCAUAUCUCAUUAAUUCAUACAAAGUCUAGUAAAUAUCCUUUGAAUAUAAUUAGAUUUUAUUCUAUCAUAUUCAAAGAUCCAAAAAUGUCAACCAAUAUUGAUAUCCAAGAGUCAAGCAAAGAUACUAAAGGAAAAGCUGUUUUACUUGCAGCCCCUGCAAGGGCAGGAGGAUGGAAAAAGGGCAUAGCCAUAAUAGAUUUCAUUCUAAGGUUAGGCGCCGUUGCCGCCGCUCUUGGCGCCGCCGCCUCGAUGGGAAUGAGUGAUCAGACCCUCCCUUUCUUUACUCAGUUCUUUCAGUUUGAAGCUAGCUAUGAUAGCUUUACUGCCUUCCAGUUUUUUGUUAUUACAAUGGCAUUAGUAGCUGGCUAUUUGGUCUUAUCCUUACCUUUCUCUAUAGUAGCCAUCAUUCGCCCUCAUGCAACAGGACCAAGGCUUUUUCUCAUCAUCUUAGACACUGUGUUUCUUACUCUAGCUGCUGCUAGUGCUUCUGCAGCUGCUUCCAUAGUUUACUUGGCACACAAUGGAAAUCAAGACACAAACUGGCUUGCUAUCUGUAAUCAAUUUGGAGAUUUCUGUGCACAGACAAGUGGAGCAGUUGUGUCAUCGUUUAUUGCUGUGGUUGUUUUGGUUCUGUUGGUUGUGAUGUCUGCUUUGGCUAUUGGGAAACAUUGAAAAUAUUAAGAUUGAAUUACCAAUGUUGUUUUGUGCAUGUUUGUUUUGUUUCCUAAAUAUCAUUAGGUUGUGAGGCUUUUUUGAAGUGUGAAAAAACUGAUUACUUGUUGUAUCAAUUUGGUUAGAUGUUGUGAUGGAAUAUUAUUUUGUACAAUAUUUGUGAUGUAUAAACGUUUGACCAAAUGUGUUUAAUGUUGAAAAUGACUAAAAUUAU